GAUAAAAAUCCCAGGCUCUUUUUGUAUUUUAUGAUGUAGAGACCCUAGGUUCCCCUUCAUUUUCCAAAUACGGAAUUCUGAUGUUGCCCAUGCACUUUCUUAGCACAAAGCCCCUCUCCGCCAGUUGCAAGUCGCUGUCCAAGGGCCUGAAAACCCAGGGCAGUGGCUUUGGACAGUAGAGCCUGCAGGCCACCCCGGGUCAGUGCUUAGAGACUGACUGCCCCUUCCUGUCCUUCGGGCUCUGGUCACCUGGCCACAGAAAAGAGGUGGGCAGCAUGCACAGGUGCUGCUCUGGAAACAAGGAGGGACUUCUUUGGCACAUAAUUAGUUUCCAGCCUCCCAGGUCCUGUCUGCCAGAGGUGUGAACAGAAUGAACAAUUAAUAAAACUCUGGCUCCAGGGAGCCGGGUUCCAGCUGGGGAAAUAGGGACAGGCUGUUUAACCACCAACAAAACCCUGCUAUACACAGACAUGCGCACACCCACACAAGCAGACAGCCUGUCUCACCCUCCCUUCCAGACCUGUGCAGACACAGGCGCGCUCCACCUUGUGGCUCAACAGGCAUCAGAUUGACACCGAUGACUGACACCCACCCACCAUAAACCCCAGGCCUUACUUCUGUGACUGUCAGCCCCUCUCUUCCUUCUUUGUCCCCAAGGCGUUCGCUGCCUCUUUAAGCCAACUCAGAGCUGUGCUCAGUGGCCACAAAGGGUUCCAAUUGUGGCUAUUCAGAGGCCUUUCCCCAGGGAAGGGAGGGUUGCUGAGACAGAUGGGAGGCUUGUCCUGCUGUGGCCACCGAGUGAGACUCUUGGAUGACUGGUAAUGAGCCUGAAUUGUUCCUCCCCAGCUGACUGCUGAAUGCUUUAACCUCUUCCUACCCCAGCCCCGAGGGGCCUCAGUGGACUUCGCCCCACUGGGGCACCUCCCUCAGCUCUCUGGUCCCCUUUCCUGGUUCCAUUCUGGCUCCCCUUCCGUGGCCCUGUCUCCCCAGGCUCUCUGCCUUCCCCUGUGACCAGCACUUGUUCCCAGGCCUUUGCUCCCUCCCGGUUCCCCCGUCUGCAUGUGUCCUCCAGCCUAGCCACGAGCUCUUCAGGUGCAAAGAGCCUGUCUUUGCUUUCCUUGUGACUGAUGCCCAGAGCAGUGCUCUGCACUCACAGAGGCUCAUGAGAUGCUUAGCAAAUCCGCUCAUUUGCUCCCCACUAUGACUGGCCCAGAGUCCUGAGCUGUCUCCCCUCUACCCUGACUCUGUCCUCCACCACAGAGGGCUGGCCUGAGCCCCUGGUCUCCACACCCAUGUGCUGUUCCAGCCCCCAGACACCUCCUUACAGCUUCUCAGCUUCUUCUCAGCACCUCUGUGCUGGGCCCCUUGCUGGAGGGUGGGGACCAGCAGGGUCCAGAGGAAGGAGGCCCUGCUCUGUCCAUAGAGAAAGAAGAUGUAGCCUCAGUGGGAAAGGGCUCCUGCUGGAGAAAUCCUGUGCAGGGGAACAUGGCUGCAGUGGGGUGAAAGUCCAUCUGGAACAGCAUUUGGAGGGUGUGGAUUUAGGGUUGCUGCUCAGGAGAGCCCUGGGGCUUGGUCUAAGUCAAAACCUGUAUUCCCUGCUUUCAACCCCCAGAGACCCAGGUUUUAGCACCCAGGGGGUCAGAGGCCACAGUGAGGUCCCCAUCCGAGACUCUUGAUCAUUUUGGAUCUGUCGUGCUGGGUGGGCUAAACACGCUUUUCCAGGGAGAUUGAAGGUCUCGCUUAGGGGUGAGGUCCCAGAAAGAAAUCUAGCUCUGGAGCUUCUUCUCCCUGUGGCCUAAGAAUCUUCAGUUUCACCAGCUAGACCCCUCCCCAUUAACAGGUGUGCGCAUUAAGGCCAGAGCUGGUCAGGAACAGAGCUAGCAUUAGUGCUGGGAUUCCCUGACUUCUCUGCACCACCAGCCCAAAUUCCCUUGGUGCAAGCUGUCCACUCCCCUUCCUGGUGGGCAGAUCGGGCAUUGCUGGGCCCUGUCAUCCCGAUGGUGACACCAGUAGAAGGGGACAGUUUGACUAGCUCCCCACUUUCGUCUGCUUCUCAAUAUUCCUGCCAUGUCUUCUGUCUCUCCCUCUGGUGUUUGAUUGACCUGUUCUCUGCUUCUCCUCCUCCCGACUGCGUGAGGACCCCUCCUCUGGACAGGAGCUCUCUUCUGGGUUCCCGCCUGCCGCACCUGCUCGCGGCCACCAACUAGGUGACCGUGUGCUGGGUGGACGAGGCCGGGGCCGGUUCCACGCACUGCCUCUCCCCACAGGCUGAGCACGCUGGGGUGCGCACCUACUUCUUCAGUACAGAGAGCUCUGAGGAGCAGGAGGCCUGGAUCCAGGCCAUGGGGGAGGCAGCCCGAGUGCAGAUCCCCCCAACCCAGAAGUCCAUGCCGCAAGCUGUGCGUCACAAUGUACCACCCCCUACCCAACUCCGUGCCGGGCUGGAAUCACUCACAACAUCUCCCUUGCCACCCUGCAGCCAGGAGAAGCCAGACUCAGAAAACAUCCCACCCAGCAAACACCUCCACCAGCCACCUCACAACAGCCUCCCCAAGCCUGGGCCAGAGGCCAAGACUCGAGGGGAGGGGGAUGGCCGAGGCUGUGAGAAGGCAGAGAAAAAGCCGGAGAGGCCCGAAGUCCAGGGUGAGCCUCUGGUGAAAGUCAAUGGCAUCCAGGCUGGACUGGAACCAGCCUCAGAACCAGGCAGCCCUUACCCUGAGGGCCCAAGGGUCCCAGGGGGCAGGGAGCGGCCCAUCCAGCCCAACGGCUGGCAGUAUAGCUCCCCAGGCCGACCAGGGAGCACAGCUUUCCCACCUCAGGACUCAGAGAGUGGGGGACACCGGCCAAGCUUCACCCCACAUGCUAACCCCGACAAGAUUGCCCAGCGCAAGAGCUCCAUGAGCCAGCUUCAGCAGUGGGUGAACCUGCGUCGGGGGGUGCUCCCACCUGAAGAACUUCGGAGUCCCUCUAGGUUCUAUCCCAUGUCCCGCAGGGCCCCUGAGUAUUAUGGCCCCUACUCCACCCAGUACCCCGACGAUUACCAGUACUACCCACCAGGGGUGCGGCCAGACAGCAUCUGCUCCAUGCCUGCCUAUGACCGGAUCAGCCCACCCUGGGCCCUGGAGGAUAAGCGCCACUCCUUCCGCAAUGGGUGCGGGUGGAAGGAGCCUGCCGGCUACGGACGGCAGGAUGGCACGGUGUGGAUCCCCAGCCCCUCCCGGCAGCCAGUCUAUUAUGAUGAGUUGGAUGCCGCCUCGGGCUCCUUGCGCCGCCUGUCCUUGCGGUCCCACUCUGUGCCCCGCUCGCCCAGCCAGGGCUCCUACAGCCGCACCCACAUUUACUCCCCGGUACGCUCACCCAGUGCCCGUUUUGAGCGGCUGCCACCUCGCAGUGAGGACAUCUAUGCCGACCCCACUGCCUACGUGAUGAGGCGAUCCAUCAGCUCUCCCAAGUAUGAUUACCUGGGAGACAGGCGGCCAGUCCCUGCAGGACUGUACCCCUACAACUACCCACCACCCCCCACGGUCCACGAUAAGAUGGUCCCUCCGUACCCAGAAGUGUUCCGGGACAGCCUCCACACCUACAAGUUAAACGAGCAAGAUACAGAUAAGUUGCUGGGCAAAUUGUGUGAGCAGAACAAGGUGGUGAGGGAGCAGGACCGGCUGGUGCAGCAGCUCCGUGCAGAGAAGGAGAGCCUGGAAAGCGCCUUGAUGGGGACCCACCAGGAGCUGGAGAUGUUUGGAAGCCAGCCCGCCUACCCAGAGAAGCUGCUGCACAAGAAGGAGUCGCUGCAGAACCAGCUCAUCCACAUACGGGUGGAGCUGUCUCAGGCUACAACGGCCCUGACCAACAGCACCAUGGAGUAUGAGAGCCUCGAGUCGGAGGUCUCUGCCCUGCAUGACGACCUCUGGGAACAGCUCAAUUUGGACGUCCAGAAUGAGGUGCUCAAUCGGCAGAUCCAGAAGGAGAUCUGGAGGAUCCAGGACGUGAUGGAGGGACUUAGGAAGAAUAACCCAUCUCGGGGCACAGACACGGCCAAGCACAGAGGAGGACUUGGCCCCUCGGCCACCUACAGCUCCAAUAGCCCUGCCAGCCCUCUCAGCUCCGCCAGCCUCACCAGCCCCCUGAGCCCGUUUUCACUGGUGUCUGGCUCUCAAGGGUCCCCUACCAAGUCUGGGUCCAAUGAGGAGCCCGGCCCACCACGGCCCCCCCUCCCCAAAGCCUACGUCCCCCUGGAGUCUCCUCCCACCGUGCCUCCACUCCCUAAUGAGAGCCACUUCUGGCCAUAUCCCAACUCCCCUUCCUGGCACUCCGGUGGCGAGACAGCCAGGGGUCAGCCCAAGGCAAGCUAUGAGCCAAGCAAAAAAGAGCCCCACCAGACACCACCCCCGGACACCUCUAGAGACAUCAGCCUUGUGCCUACCAGGCAAGAGGUGGAGGUAGAGAAGCAGGCAGCUCUCAACAAAGUUGGCAUUGUACCCCCAAGGACGAAGUCGCCCACCGAUGAAGACAUGACCCCGUCAGCGGUGGUGAGAAGGAAUGCUAACAGGCUCACCAAUGGUCUCUCCGCCCAGCAGGAGCGCCCCAAGAGUGCCGUGUUCCCCAGCGAGGGCAAGGUCAAAAUGAGCGUGGAGGAGCAGAUUGACCGCAUGCGGCGGCACCAGAGCGGCUCCAUGAAGGAGAAGCGGAGAAGCCUGCAGCUCCCAGCCAGCCCGGCCCCCGACCCCAGCCCCCGGCCGGCCUACAAAGUAGUGCGCCGUCACCGCAGCAUACAUGAGGUGGACAUCUCCAACCUGGAGGCGGCCCUGCGGGCUGAAGAGUCUGGGGGGCAGUCCUACGAGACGCCCAGGGAAGAAAUUGCCCGACUUCGCAAGAUGGAGCUGGAUCCCCAACACUAUGACGUGGACAUCAAUAAGGAGCUCUCUACCCCAGACAAAGUCCUCAUCCCUGAGCGGUACAUUGAUCUGGAGCCGGACACUCCCCUGAGUCCUGAGGAGUUGAAGGAGAAGCAGAAGAAGGUGGAGAGGAUCAAGACGCUCAUUGCCAAGUCCAGUAUGCAGAACAUGGUGCCUGUCGGCGAGGGGGAUCUUGUGGACGUACCCCAGGACUCAGAGAGCCAGCUGCAGGAGCAGGAGAAGCGGAUUGAAAUCUCCUGUGCCCUGGCGACUGAGGCCUCCCGCAGGGGCCGCAUGCUGUCUGUGCAAUGCUCCACCCCAAGCCCUCCCACCUCCCCUGCUUCCCUGACUUCACCAGCCAACCCCCUACCGUCUGAAUCCCCACGGGGCGCCGACAGCAGCCAUACCAGGCGGGUCUGAGCUCUGACUGCAAGCCCAGGCUGCCGCCAACGCUGUGAAGCUCCCCAGAGCCACCUGCUGAAGCCCUCCUCUGCCCUCCUGCGGUCUCGGCCCCACCCUGGCCCCAGCCCCCCAGGCACCUGUGGGAAAACUGCCAGCUGCCAGGCCGGGGGCCAGGGCUGCUACCAAGAGGAGCGCAGGUGCUUCGGUGUCCACACACACCUGCCACACCUGGCCCUGAAGCCCUCACUUCUCGGAUGGUGGUCCUCAGCCAGAGUCCGAGAUGGUGGGGUGGGGAGCACCCUGUCUGAUGCCCCAGUCACAGGGAGCCUGGGCCUGACUCUGGCUGGGGUCGCGAUGGCCCCACUAGAACAUUCCCUGAUGGAGAAGACACGGUGGUGGGAAAGCUGCUCUGGGUGACCUUGGGGUAGGACUAGAGGUGAAGAGAAGGUGAGCACUCUGCGUCUUCCAGCCCUUCCUGACAGGAAGGACAGCACCUGCCAUCUUCCUCUUCCCCCAUUUGCCCCCCCCCGACACUGCCCCAGCUCUACCCAAGGCUUUGACACAUCUCUGCUUAUGGGUGCCCCUUUGCAGUUCAGUGGAGACUGACCACCCUGCUUGAGCCAAAGACAAGGUGCCGAGAGAUGGGGAGACUCCCGGGCCCCCAGAGGGGGUGGUGCAGGCUGGGAAAGAGCAGCAGGUCUGUGCAGGGUCUGGAGGAAGUUGGGAGGGGAGGAGGGAGGAAGGGAGAGGUCCUAGAAAAGGGAGUGAAAGAGCAGCAGGACUCAUUUGCAAGUAAGAGGACAGAGAUGGAAGGGGGGAUGGGAAUGGUUUCCUGAGGUGAGCCUUAGCGUGGAGCCAGGGACAGUGCCAGACUGUCCCCAGGGUCAGCGGGCAGGCGUGCUGAUGCCAGGGCCCCAGGAAGCCUCACCAGUGAGUGCACGGUUACCUUCAGCUGAAGCACUUGGCCUGGGGAUGUGGGUUGGGAGUGAGAGGGCUGGUAGGACAGCCUGGGACGUGGACAGCCUGGGACGUAGACGGCCCUUCGUAGGUCUGGGCCUGGCAUGUGCCUCCCCUCCUGGUCUCGGGAACAGAGAGAAGGACCUGUCUUAUGCAGGCUGUGGUCAGCUUUGGGAUCUUUCCUAACCGUGUUUUGUGACCUUUCUGGAAUGUGCUGUGGGCCAGCGAGAACAUGUUCAGCGAGAGGGAAUGCAGUCUGACCCUGAAAGGCCAGGCUCCAGGCCCCACGUCCCAGGCGUCCCAGGUGAAGACCAGCCGAGGCCGUCCCAGAGAUCCUUCUAGGUUGGCUCUUUCAGGAUCCACCUGCCCAGGGAGACCUAUGAGGGACAGGCAGAAGCAAACGCAUUCUUCUCUGCGUCACCCACCUUGAGAUGAAUGUAGCCAGAGAAGAAGAAGGGGAGAGGAUGCAGCCAAACCGCCUGGGUCCCCAGGCCCCCUCUUUGCCAGAGCCACUGCCCUGAGACUCCAGCCUGACCUCCAGUGGCCCCGAGAACAACUGUUUUAUCUUCCACCAAUUCUUCUCCACUCCUUCAGGGCUGGGACAGUUACCGGUUCAUAUGCAAGUAAAGGUGACAGUUCAUUCAACAAAUAUUUACUGAGCACCUUUUACAUAUCAGGCACUACUCUAGGUACCUAGGAUGGUCUCCUGCUUCUGAGGGAUUACAGACUGGGGGGAUUCCACUUGUCUUUACUUCUAGCAAGUUUUGGGCUGCAUUUCUCAUCAUUAGCACAGCCCAAACUGUCCCUCUGCCCCCGGGCCGGCAGGUGGCGCUGGCUCUGAGGUAACCCUCUCCCUCUUUCCCCACCUUUCUCCAUCCACAAGACACAGAUUUUUCAGGGCCUUCCAUGCUUUCCCCUUCAUUUGUGUCUCUCCUUUUUAAAAAAAAUUAUAUUUUAAGAAAUAUAUGUAAAAUACCAAGGAUUAAUGUCUAUAUGUCUGUCACCUCUCUCAGCUCUUAUUUCAUAAAGCUGGCCCUUUAUGUUGCUUUACAUGCCUUAAUAUAUGUUUUAUGGAAAUUAUACAUAUUAUAGAUAUAUAUGUAAUAUAUAUAUAUAUAUAUUUGGAUGUCUGAUCCUUUCCUAGAACUCCUACCCAGGCUCAUUUUCUUUCUUUUUUUUUUUUUUUUACUUUCCAUAUCAUUCCUAGCAUGUUGCAGCUGUACCCCAUGACUUUUGAUCCAAAGAAGGGGAAAGAAAGACUUAUUUUAAGACAGAUUGAUUUUACGCUUUUAUUAUAAAGCAAAUCUAUUUUCAAGUGUGCAAUGUCUGAAUGGACUCGGUGAAGAACGUGAGGGAACUGGGGUGGCGGCCCCUGGGCCCAGCCCUCCGCCCUUCCCUCUUCCCAGCAGCCCCCCCUUACCCAUCCCUUCUCCCCGUCUGCACGGGGCGGCCCCAGAGCUCACCCAGAGAACAUUUUGCCAGGGAAGGACACUCUGCGAAGUCCUGGUCUAAGGAUUUGAUUACACCAUCCACUCGUGAUGACCCUCUAGGGCUAUCGGACGUGCCUCCGCCAGAGGAAAGUGUUUAUGUGUGUUCAGAGGCACGCCCACGCGGCACCCAACUGCUAGAUGUGCUCUGGAACCUCCUUCCCCAUCACCCUGCUGGAAGGAGCGGGCAGCUUCAUGGCAGCCUGUGCCAAACAGCACUGAGAAUGUCAGUCUGUUCCUUGACAGACCCAGGGUAUGGAGCAAAGGCCAAAGGACAUGGUUUGGGAUUCCCAGUCCUUCUGUGCAGACUGUUCAAGUUCCUUGGACUUCGCACACUCCAUUUCACUUGUCCUCUCUCUAGUCUGCGUCACAUCUGCGGCAUCUGUUUCCCUCUGGGGCCGCCUGUUGUUAAGGGCCCGGUACCUUGGUCUGGCAUCCAGACUGCAAAGUCAGUUUCUGGGCUGAGGCGGGUCCCACAGACGAUGUAGCAGCUCAGCUUUGGCCAUGGACCCCAGGACUUUUCUGCAGCCGCCUGCCCCUGGGUGCUGAACUGAGGCAGCUCAGCCUUCCAAACUGCUUAUCAACUGUCAAAGUGGGCAAGCAGCUCUUGCUUUUACAGAUUUAGGAAAGAUGGAAAUCUUGUGUCCAGAUCUGGAAUCUGGGGGUUUGGAACCUAGCACAGAGCUCCUGCCAGCACUGGAAGCCUGACCUCCCAGCUUUUGACACUUACUGGCCCCAGUUCCCAGCCUACAGCAUCUUGCAGUGAAUGAAUGGGGCCCAAAUGGAGGCCCAGGACUGAGUAACCCACCUGGGUAUAGUCCUAGUUACUAAUUUAGAUCCUUCCCAAUUAGCACAUUACCUCCCUGAUCCAUAGCCAACAGGCUGCCAUCAAAUAUUGCUACUGUCACUUUAAAGAUUUUCUGAGGUUGCAAGCUGUGCACAUUUGCCCUUCUGCCUUGGUGAGAGGCGUGUUCUUGGGGCAGGGCUGAUACAGCAAGAGGAAACCAAUUCCUUUCCCCUUUGGGCACUGCCCCCAACCAGGAAGCUCUUAAAACUAAGAAAAAAUAUGAAAUAUACAUAUAUACAUUUAUCUAUUUAUGCACAUAUUGGGGCCAAUCUGAUUUGCUAGUAUUAGACAAUAAACCAUACAAGGAUAUGUAUGAUCUCAUUGUCUUUAUUUAGUAUAAAAGUGACCUUAGAAGAAGAAUUAAGGUUAAAUAAAGAGAGGGCAUUUCUGUGAGAGGAACAAGCAGCUGUAGCAGCCCUUUAGCAUCUUUCUAGCCAUCAAGGCCCCUCCCCCAGGGAGGGGCAUCCUGACUGACAGUCUAGCCAUUGGGUCUGCUCUCAGCAGCAUUCUUUAUAGAAAUGGACUGAAGAACCCCAGGAGCUCUGCAUUUGUAUAUUGCAAGUUUGUAUAGACCCAGUGCAGGAAAUAAAAUGGUUUGUACA